CCUCUCCCUCUCCCUCCCCCGCCCCCCCCGAAGACUGCAGGAGUCCGGACAGCUCUUUGGUCAGCAGCUCUCCCCCUUUGCGGGGCCCGGGACCUUCCUCCCCCGCUGAGCCUCCCCCCCCUCUGCACCCCUCCAUGAUCGGCUCGGCCAUGACCAGCUCCGUUGGCGGGCUGGGCUCCCCCUUCUCCGUCAUCAGCUCCUCGAUGGGCUCGCCGGGGCUCCCGGCUACCCCCUCCAUCGGCUACGGACCCGUCAGCAGCCCCCAAAUCAACUCCACGGUCAACCUGUCCGGCCUCCACUCGGUCAGCAGCUCGGAAGACGUGAAGCCUCCGGUGGGCAUGAGGGUCCUGCCAGGCCACCCCCACAGCGGCUUGGUGCCCGGGAAGAGGCUCUGCGCCAUCUGUGGGGACCGGUCCUCAGGGAAGCACUACGGCGUCUACAGCUGCGAGGGCUGCAAGGGUUUCUUCAAGCGCACCAUCCGGAAGGACCUGACCUACACCUGUCGUGACAACAAGGACUGCAUCGUGGACAAGCGGCAGCGCAACCGGUGCCAGUACUGCCGCUACCAGAAGUGCCUGGCUACCGGCAUGAAGCGGGAAGCCGUGCAGGAGGAGCGUCAACGGGGCAAGGAGAAGGACGGGGAGGGGGAGCUAGCCGGCACCGGGGCCAACGAAGACAUGCCGGUUGAGAAGAUUCUGGAAGCCGAGCUGGCCGUGGAGCAGAAGUCGGACCAAGGCAUCGACGGAGCCGGCACGGGGGGCAGCUCGGUGAGUUGGGGAAGGGGAGCAGCCACGGGACCGGAGCGGUCCCUCCACCACCCCACCGACACCGAUGAGCCCAACGACCCCGUGACCAACAUCUGCCAGGCGGCCGACAGGCAGCUCUUCACCCUGGUGGAGUGGGCCAAGCGCAUCCCCCACUUUUCGGAGCUGCCCCUGGAUGACCAGGUCAUCCUGCUCCGGGCUGGUUGGAACGAGCUGCUGAUCGCCUCUUUCUCCCACCGGUCCAUUUCGGUGAAGGACGGAAUCCUCCUGGCCACGGGCCUGCAUGUCCACCGCAACAGUGCCCACAGCGCCGGUGUGGGGGCCAUCUUUGACAGGGUACUGACCGAGCUGGUGUCCAAGAUGCGCGACAUGCGGAUGGACAAGACGGAGCUGGGGUGCCUGAGGGCCAUCAUCCUCUUCAAUCCAGACGCUAAGGGCCUCUCCAACCCUGGGGAGGUCGAGUUGUUGCGCGAGAAAGUCUACGCCUCGUUGGAGUCCUACUGCAAGCAGAAAUACCCGGAUCAGCAGGGAAGGUUUGCCAAACUGCUGCUGCGCCUGCCGGCCUUGCGGUCCAUCGGCCUGAAGUGCCUGGAGCACCUUUUCUUCUUUAAGCUGAUCGGGGACACCCCCAUCGACACCUUCCUGAUGGAGAUGCUGGAAGCCCCCCACCAGAUGUCCUGACA